CCUACGGGCAAUACCUUCUCACCUGCCUCAUUCACGCAGAACACUCAGGUCCUUGCCACUGUGCCACUGCACAUCCUUGCCCAUCAUGGCGACCGAGGUGCUCACCAAGAACCUCCCCAACAUCGACCCGCCCAUCCUCUCCUACCUGGCCGGGUACAUCGAUGACCCAGAGUCCCACCUGGACCCCAAUCCCCUCAUCCUCGAGACCGUCUCCUCUCUCCUCUCCUCGUACCUCCAGUCCACCUCUGAGUCGCCCCAGGAUGCCGCAAAGAGGGUGCAUGCAGUGCUCGAUGAGAUUCAGAAGCUCCUUCCAGAGACAAACGAGGAUGUGGACAGUGGCGAGGGAAAGUCGGGACCGCUCAGACUCGAGAAGGUAGUGGAGAUGAGGAAGAUCGGGGCUCUCAACACCCGUGGCACAAAUGUCCUCACUGGCGGUGGAGGAGGCAUUAUCGACCUUGCAACGGGAUCAGUAGCCAGGGCCACCACCAUCGACGUCAAGAAGCUGGAGAAGCAAGAGGCGAAGACUAGGGCAAAGCUGCAGAAGCGUGCACAGAGGGAUCUCUACGAGAGUUCCAAUGUCGUCGAGCAGGCAAAGAGGGCACAGGAGCUGGCCAACUAUGAGGAGAUGUUCACCACUGUCAAUACACUUGAGACGGUGGGGUCAAAGGGAAAGAACAAGGAUAUUCACUUGCCAGGCAUCGAUCUCAAUUUCGGCUCGAAUCGCAUCUUGACAUCGGCAACUCUCAACAUCGCAUCUGGUCGGCGAUACGGUCUCAUUGGUCGAAACGGUGUGGGCAAGUCCACCCUGCUGCGCCAUUUGGCUCUGCGUGACAUCCCGGUCCCGAAACACAUCUCUAUGCUUUAUGUCGAGCAGGAAAUGGUUGGAGAUGAUACACCCGCACUGGAGGCUGUACUGAAGGCGGACGUGUGGAGGGAGAGGCUGAUGAGGGAGGAGAGGGAAGUGAAUGCCAAACUCGAGACGCUCGAGAAGAAGCUUGCAGACGCCGCUCAGGCAGCCAAGGCGGAAUCAAAAGCCUCUACAACAGAUGCCAACAACGAUCUGUCCAAGGGAUCAGCGGGAGACAUUCACACUCGUCAGAUGGAAAUCCAGAAAGAUGAGCUGUCGGCCAGGCUGGGUGAUCUGCAAGCGCAAUUGAUCGAGAUGGAGGCCGAUACUGGACCCUCGAGAGCUGCCGCUCUACUGGAUGGUCUGGGCAUUGUCGCAGCCGACCAGAUGAGGCCAACAAAGAGCUUCUCUGGUGGUUGGCGAAUGCGUCUGGCUCUUGCCCGAGCCCUCUUCUGCAAGCCCGACCUUCUCCUCCUCGAUGAGCCUUCCAACAACUUGGACUUGAACGCCAUUGCCUGGCUGGAAGACUACCUGGUGAACAACUGGACUUCCAGCCUGCUGGUCGUUUCCCACGACCGAGCCUUCCUGAACGCCGUGGCUACGGACAUCAUUCACCAGCACUCUGAGCGUCUAGACUACUACAAGGGCAACUUUGCCCAAUUCUACGAGACGCGCAUCGAGCGUCGCAAGAACCAGCAGCGAGAGUACGAAGCCUAUGUGCUCAAGCGGGACCAUCUUCAGGCCUUCAUCGACCGUUGGAGGGUGAAUGCUAAUCGCGCAGCCCAGGCUCAGAGUAAGAUCAAGGAAUUGGAAAAGCUCCCCGUGGUGGAGCCUCCGGAGAAGGAGGACAGUGUGACUUUCCGUCUACCAGAGACAGAAAAGCUCGCUCCGCCCUUGCUCCUCUUGGACGAAGUCGACUUUGGGUACACACCCGAGAAGCUUCUGCUGCGGGACGUCAACAUUGGAGUGACCAUGGACUCGCGCAUCGCCGUAGUAGGUUCGAAUGGUGCAGGCAAAUCAACCAUGCUGAAGCUUCUAUUCGGAGACCUCAAGCCUCUCAAGGGCGAGCAAAAGCGCAACGGCAAGCUCCGUGUUGGUCUCUUCACCCAACACCAUCUGGACAUGCUCGACCUCAACGCUUCACCCGUGGGAUUCCUAAUGGCCCGCUUUCCCGGUAGGACAGAGCAGGAGUAUCGCGCCCACCUCGGUGCAUUUGGAAUCACUGGUCUUACUGGUCUGCAAAAGAUUGCCACUCUUUCUGGUGGUCAAAAGAGCCGCGUAGCAUUUGCGCAGAUCAGUAUGAUGCGUCCGCACGUUCUCCUCCUAGAUGAGCCCACCAACCAUCUAGACAUCGAAGGUCUCGAUGCGCUUAUGGCGGCUAUCAAAGCCUGGAAUGGUGGAGUGAUCACCAUUUCCCACGACACGAGAUUCGUAGAGAAUGUAGCUAGCGAACUUUGGGUCGUGGAUGGAGGUAAAGUCGAGAAGUUCUCGGGGAGCGUCACAGCGUACAAGCAGCUCAUCGUGGCGAUGAACAAGCAGAAGCAGACGAGCCACUGAGGGAGGGAGGAUGAGUGGGCUUGGAGGGUCAGAGGGGAAGACAGCACUCCUCGAGCGUGCCUGGUUCGAGGCAACUCAGCAUGUAGCAUCAUUGUGGUUUUGCAGCAAUACCCUUCCUUCACUCG